AUUCAACACUCUUUCACCAGCUCCCUUCUUCAUCACCUACUUGUAUAUUAGCUCAACCAAUUCUCAAACCAACCAGGGAAGCACAAACCAAACACUUACCUUCCCUUUCUUUUCUCUCUCUCUCUCUCUCUUUCUGCUUCUCUCUGUAACAAUGGAGCCUAAACAACAACUCCAACAAGAAGAUGAUUUCAUUUUCAGAUCAAAACUCCCUGACAUUUACAUCCCAAAUCACCUCCCUUUACACUCUUACUGCUUCGAAAACAUCUCCGAAUUCCGUGAUCGUCCCUGCAUCAUCAACGGCUCCACCGGCGAAUCCUUUUCUUAUGCCGAGGUCGAACUCACCGCCCGCAAAGUCGGUGCCGGUCUCGCCAAAUUCGGCAUCAACCAAGGCGAUGUUAUAAUGCUUCUGCUUCAAAACUGUUCCGAAUUUGUGUAUGCUUUUCUUGGAGCUUCUUAUAUCGGUGCUAUCAGUACCACUGCCAAUCCUUUUUACACUCCAGCUGAGAUCGCGAAACAAUCAGUGGCAUCAAAGACGAAACUCAUCAUAACACAAACGGUUUACGCUGCGAAAGUGAGGGAUUUCGCCGAAGAAAAUGGCGUCAAAAUCAUCACCAUUGAUUCACCGCCCGACAAGAAAUGGUCACACUUCUCGGAGUUAACUCAAGCGGACGAGAGUGAAAUCCCCGCCGUCAAAAUCAACUCCGAUGACGUCGUGGCCCUCCCCUAUUCGUCGGGGACGACAGGGUUGCCAAAAGGAGUCAUGUUGACACACAAAGGACUUGUCACUAGCGUUGCCCAACAAGUUGAUGGAGAAAACCCUAAUCUGUAUUUCCACAAGGAGGAUGUGAUUUUUUGUGUAUUGCCGUUGUUUCAUAUCUAUUCACUCAACUCGGUGUUGCUUUGCGGGCUGAGAGUUGGUGCAGCGAUCUUGAUGAUGCAGAAGUUUGAGAUCAUUUCAUUAGCAGAGUUGGUUCAGAAACAUAAGGUGACGAUUGCGCCGUUCGUGCCGCCUAUCGUUUUGGCGAUCGCGAAGAGUCCCGACGUCGGUAAGUACGACUUUUCAUCGAUAAGGACUGUGUUGUCUGGGGCGGCUCCCAUGGGAAAGGAGCUUGAAGAUGCUGUUAGAGCUAAAAUCCCAAACGCCAAACUUGGACAGGGAUAUGGAAUGACAGAAGCGGGGCCAGUGUUGGCAAUGUGCUUGGCAUUUGCAAAGGAGCCUUUCGAGAUAAAAUCCGGGGCGUGUGGGACUGUAGUGAGAAAUGCCGAGAUGAAAAUCGUUGAUCCGGAUACCGGUAUUUCGCUUCCCCGAAAUCAAUCGGGCGAGAUUUGUAUUAGAGGUGCCCAGAUCAUGAAAGGUUAUCUUAACGACCCAGAGGCCACAGAGAGAACCAUAGACAAAGAAGGAUGGUUGCAUACCGGUGAUACAGGUUACAUUGAUGAUGAUGAUGAGCUCUUUAUCGUUGAUCGAUUGAAGGAAUUGAUCAAGUAUAAAGGCUUCCAAGUCGCCCCUGCUGAGCUUGAAGCCAUGUUGAUUGCUCAUCCAAACAUCUCCGAUGCUGCUGUUGUACCAAUGAAAGAUGAGGCUGCAGGAGAAGUUCCUGUUGCAUUUAUAGUCAGAUCAAACGGUUCUAAGAUCACUGAGGAGGAAAUCAAGCAGUACAUUUCAAAACAGGUAGUCUUCUACAAGAGAAUCAAUAGGGUUUUUUUCUCGGAUUCAAUCCCAAAAGCUCCGUCGGGGAAAAUAUUGCGAAAAGACUUGAGAGCGAAGUUAGCAGCUGGAGUUCCCAACUAGUCAUAAAAUGAUAUACUAGUUGAAUUUGUUCAAGGUUGAAGGCUAGGGCUAAAAUAGACGUGAAUUUCUUUCUAUAAUAGCCCUUCAUUAGGGGGAAAGCAAGUCAUUUUACAGUAAUAUUUCAUGCCUUCACUUUAAUUUGUUUGUUUUGGGAAUCAACAGCCAAAUAUCCAAGAGAGAGAUCAGAUCAUUUGUUUAUGUAUAUUUUUAAUUUUUUGUUUAAUGGUCAUUAAGAAUGCUUUGUAGGAUCAUGUUUAUUAGAGUUUGACAAAGUUAUAACUCAAAACAUUUGUUAAAGUU